AACUCACACGAGUGACUUUAUUGAUACUUCUUCUACUGCUCUAGGAGAGUUAGAAGUUUUAAACUAGUAAAUUAGUCUUUCUGCAACCCUGUUGUCAACGUGAUUUAAGGAGGUAAUCUGGAGAAAUAAGCAGGAUAAAUGGAGCGCUGGAAAGGCAGAGUGGCUUUGGUGACAGGAGCUUCGGUCGGGAUUGGAGCGGCAGUUGCUCGGUCUUUGGUCCAGCAAGGCAUGAAGGUGGUCGGAUGCGCUCGAAACGUUGACAAAAUAGAGAAGCUGGCAGCUGAGUGUCAGAGUGCAGGGUACAGUGGCACGCUGAUCCCGUACAAGUGUGACCUGUCCAACGAGGAGGAGAUUCUGUCCAUGUUCUCCGCCAUCAAGACGCUUCACCAGGGAGUGGACGUGUGUAUCAACAACGCCGGGCUGGCCCGCAACGAGCCCCUGCUCAACGGGAAAACGGACGGCUGGAGAAACAUGAUCGACGUGAAUGUACUUGCCUUGGCCAUCUGCACGCGUGAGGCCUACCAGUCCAUGAAAGAGAGAAGCGUUGACGACGGACACAUCAUCAACAUUAACAGCAUGGGAGGACAUCGGAUGGUGCCCAGUGCGGACGAACAUUUUUACUGCGCCACCAAAUACGCAGUGACCGCACUGACCGAGGGUCUGAGACAGGAGCUGCGGGAGGCCAACACCCACAUCAGAGCCACGUGUAUAUCUCCAGGUAUAGUGGAAACGGAGUUUGCCUUCAGACACCACAACAGUGACCCAGAGAAGGCUGCUGCUGUCUAUGAAAGUAUUAAAUGUUUGAAAGCUGAAGACAUCGCCAGUGCUGUCAUGUAUGUCCUCAGCGCUCCACCUCAUGUUCAGAUUGGAGAUGUCCAGAUGAGGCCGGUGGAACAGGUGUCAUAGCGACAAAGAGGGCAGUGACUCACCGGAGGAGUGGACGGAACCGGCAGCCAGUGCCGCUCAACGGCGCCACCUGCUGGCCACAACCAUGUAUAAAACCUAGUUUUACAACUGGAUUUGAAGGGAAUUGAAUGGGGGUUAGUGUUUUUGAAGUCAGGUUUAUAAAAGAGUAAAGGAGUGUUGGAGCUGGAGUUGGAAAAAGGGGU